GGAGAAUUAACUUUUAUAAAGCGGGGGUAAUUCGUAGCACUUUUAGUUCAUUUUAAACAGCUGAAGCUAUUCGAGCUGUAUAUAUUAAAUAUGUUGGCGCGUUUUCUUAUACUCGGCUGCCUAUUGGCCACAAUUUCUGCUACUGUAAAACUGCGGGAACUGUACUCCUGGAAUGUUUUGGACUGGAAUUACCCUGAUUUGUACUCGAAGCAGAGGGAUCUAGACAGUGGGGCCCUGAAUCCUAAAAAUGCCCUUCCAGUUGGUAUCGAGAGAUGGAGGAACAAGCUCUUCGUCAGUGUGCCUAGAUGGUUUCCAGGAAUACCAGCAACAUUGAAUUACAUAUCUCUGGACGCACCAUACGAGCCAUCACCAAAGUUGACACCAUACCCAAGUUUUAAGGAAAAUGAGCUUGGAAACUGUGAAAAUGGUCUGACCACUGUGUACAGAAUCAAGGCGGAUAAAUGCGAUCGUUUAUGGGUUUUAGAUGUCGGUACCUACGGCUAUGAUCCGAAUGUUACCAAUGUCUGCCCGUAUGCGCUUAGCGUUUAUGACUUACACACUAACCAAAGACUAAGAAGAUACGUCUUCCGCUCUGAAGAUAUCGUACCAACCACCUUCAUUGCCAAUAUAGCAUUAGACGAAGGUGACACCUGUGAAGACUACUUCGCCUACUUUUCAGAUGAACUGGGCUACGGUCUGAUCACUUACUCUUGGGAACAAAACAAGUCUUGGCGAUUCAGUCACGGAUUUUUCCUUCCCGACCCCUUAGUUGGUGACUUCAAUAUCGCCGGCAUGAACUUCCAAUGGAUCUCCGAAGGGAUUUUCGGAAUUUCCGCCUCACCAAAAGGACCCGAUGGAUACAGAACUCUCUACUUCAGCCCGAUAACGAGCAACACAGAAUUUGCUGUUUCAACGCGUAUUCUUAGGGAUGAAACUAAAGUUAAAGGAUCUUACAAAGAUUUCAAAGUAGUUGGUUCAAGAGGUCCCGAUACCCACACAACCGCUAAAGUAGUGGACGAAACAGGUGUUCAGCUGUACAAUUUGAUUGAUCAAAAUGCCAUUGGGUGCUGGAACACACAACUGCCAAUGAAACCGCAAAAUACAGCUGUAGUUGAUCGUGAUGAUGUUUCGAUGAUCUUCCCGUGCGACGUUAAAGUCGAUGGAGGACGAAACGUUUGGGUAAUAUCAGACCGAAUGUCUAUAUUCUUAGAGUCUGAAUUGGACUACAGCGAUAUAAACUUCAGAAUUUUCACCGCCAACUUCGAUGAUCUGGUUCGUGGAACAGUCUGUGACCCAUCUAUUACAACAUAUCAACAACCAAACUAUCGCAACUCUAUUCCUAUCUAUCAAAACUUCCCUUCAAGUACACCACGAGGUAUACCAGGUUUUAGAUCUUCGCUUGGCUCAGUAGGUCCACAGAAGUUUAUAAAUGACGCCAAUCCAACUUUUAUUAACUAUAAUGCCCAACAAAGCCAGCCCUAUGUAUUCCCUACUGCAAAAUCCCUGUCUACAACAAGGAACCCCUGGUGGACCACAAAUAAUUAUUCGUAUUAAAUUCGGGGUUUUCAUAUGACGAUGAAAAUUACUGAAUUACAACUAUGAAAUGUAUGCGGGAUAAAUAGUUAUAAUUCAUAUGAAAUGUCUUUAAAGUGUUUAAAGAUCGCAAUUACAUUAUAUGUAUAUACGAUAAGCUUAUUACAGAUUUUGUUUUGAUUUUAAAUCAACGUUUUAUAUUUAAUUGAAAGUACCAAAGACAGUAAAAUGGAUUUUAAGUAUCCUCAAGAAAACAGAUACAGUAUGGAAAAAUUUAACAGACAUCUUAUAUGAAUUAUAAUACCUUUUAGUUCGAUUAAAUAUUAUUUAUUUGUAGUACAUAUGCUAUAAAAUUAUAGCAACAAAUGUUACAACAAAAUGCUUUUUGUAGAUAGCAAUUUUUAUACAUAAGAAA